UUCCUUAUACAAUCAGAAGCACAGAAGACGCUACGGUGAUCAGACGUGCACCAUGAUUGAGUCAGUAAAGAGUUUUGUGUUGGUGUGUUUGAUUUUCAUUGAAAUAUUAUGUUCUGCUGGAACUUUGACCAAAAACCAGCCAGAAGUAAAGACCGGAGAUGGAACUCUGAGAGGAUCCGAAGAGAAGGCGGUGCAGGGGUUCUCGUAUUACAGCUUCAAGGGUAUUCCCUAUGCCCAGCCACCUGUGGGACCACUUCGGUUUAAGGCACCGUUAACCCCAAAACCAUGGCAUGGAACUCGCGACGCGACCAAAUACGGCGCAGCAUGCGCUCAGUUCAACGUAACAUUCGUGGGUUCCGAGGACUGCCUGUUCCUGAACGUGUUUACCAGGUCUUUGGACCCUAGAGCCAAUCUGCCCGUCAUGGUGUUCGUCCACGGCGGUUCCUUCGCUUUCGGCGCAGCCAACGAGUUCUUCGAACCAGAAUUCCUCAUACAACACGACGUGAUCCUCGUCACUCUAAACUACAGACUGGAAGUCCUCGGAUUCCUAUCCCUGGACAUACCCGAAGCGCCCGGAAACGCCGGAAUGAAGGACCAAGUGGCUGCACUCAAAUGGGUCCAGCAAAAUAUUAAACAAUUCGGUGGGAACCCCAACAGUGUGACUCUUUUUGGAGAGAGCAGCGGAGCGGGCGCAGUGACGUACCACAUGCUCUCCCCAAUGUCGAAGGGACUGUUCCAUAAAGUGAUCGCAGAGAGCGGCAACUGUAUGCAGGAUUGGGCGAUAUCACAGGACUCGAUAGGAAGAGCCCUGAGAGCAGGAAAAGUAUUGGGGAAAGACACCAAUAAUGUGAAUGAAUUGCUAGACUUCUUUAUGUCCUUGAAAGCAUCUGCUUUAACUAACUUAACUGAAGUUACUCUGACAGAAGACGAAAUGUACAGAGGUGUCCCAGCGCGAUUUGUACCAGCGAUUGAAUCGAAGUUUAGAGGGAUCGAGCCGUUCAUAACUGAACACCCUGUGAUGGCCCUUACUAAAGGAAGAAUAAAUAGUGUACCCCUGAUGAUCGGAUACAAUGCUGGCGAGGGUAUAGCGCUCGUUGCGUACCACAUCGCAAAGUUAGAUGGUUUCAACAGAAACCCAUCCUACUAUAUACAAAAGGAAAUAGUUAAUAAAGUCUCCGAAGCGAAACUAAAAGAAUUUGGAGAUAGAGUGCAGAAAUUCUACGUAGGCGAUAGGAAUAUGACGGCUGACGAUGGCGCAAUCAUUCGGGACUUACAAACUGAUAUCACCUUUGCUUACAGCGGCCACAGAUUCGCGAGUCUUCACAGCGAAUACGAAAAAGUCUACUUCUAUAAAUUCAAUUUUGUCACCGACUUGAAUGUUAUAAAGGCUACGCUUCCGGAUCUGGAAGGAGCUACGCAUGGUGACGAGCUAUUCUACUUGUUCUCCAACUACAUAACCUCGAAGAUUUACCAGAAUCCCAAAAUUAAGGUCAUUGUCGACAAAGUGACGAAAUUAUGGGCUAACUUCGCGAAGUGCGGUUCUCCAACCCCUGACAACAAGUUGGGAGUGUCGUGGCCGCGGUACACCAGACACAACAAGGAGUAUCUCAACAUCGCAGACAACUUUCCCUCAGGCAGAUACGCGGAUAGAGAAAGGAUGGAGUUCUGGAACAACAUUUAUAAGGAAGCCGGCCUUCCGCAUAUAGCGUCAUAAAAUUGAGCUUUAAUAAAGAACAUUCUUGUUAAUUUUA